AAAGACAAAAGCUUCAGCCCGUAUUUGGAAUUUGCUUUAUUACUUGGCUUCAAGGCUUAAUAUUAGUAACAUGGUGGCUUUAGUGAACUUUUUAAAAAAGCUUUCCUCUUCUGCCCACACAGUCCUAUUUGAGUCCCUUAGUCAGUCAGCAAGCAUGUUUGGAACAGUCCCGGGUCUUUUGCAAGGGCUCAUAUUGCAGAACAGUCACAUAUGGGUAUUUGUCGUUAUAAAUACUUGACCGUUCUCCAGGGGUGGGGUUUCCAGCCCUUUCAGCAAUUCCAUUGCCUGUUAUUGAGCUGGCUUUGUGCUCCAGGUGUCUGAAUUGAUUGCAGUAGGACAUCUUUCACUAAGAAAUAAAUAAAAUGGAACAGAAUGGGUCUGCUUCAAAUGCUGAUAAAAUCCCCCAGAAUCGCCUGUCGAGUAUUACCGAGGAUGAAGACCAAGAUGCUGCUCUUACCAUUGUGACUGUGCUGGACAAGGUAGCUACCAUUGUGGACACUGUGCAGGCAAGCCAGAAGAGAAUAGAAGAGAGACACAGGGAGAUGGAAAAUGCCAUAAAAUCUGUUCAGAUUGACCUGUUGAAGCUUUCACAGUCACAUAGCAAUACAGGCUAUGUCAUUAACAAGCUGUUUGAGAAAACACGAAAAGUCAGUGCUCACAUUAAAGAUGUGAAGGCCCGGGUGGAGAAGCAGCAAGUUCAUGUGACAAAAGUUGAAACCAAGCAAGAGGAAAUAAUGAAGAAAAAUAAAUUCCGUGUGGUGAUAUUCCAGGAAGAGAUUCGGUGUCCAACAUCUCUGUCUAUUGUUAAAGACAGAAACCUAACUGAGAAUCAGGAGGAGGAAGAUGAAGCCUUUGAUCCCCCAAUAGAUCUCUCUUCGGAUGAAGAAUAUUAUGUUGAAGAAAGCAGAUCUGCCAGGCUUAGAAAGUCAGGCAAGGAGCGCAUUGAUAACAUCAAAAAGGCAUUUUCCAAAGAAAACAUGCAGAAGACACGGCAGAAUUUUGACAAGAAAGUGAACAGAAUUAGAACUAGAAUAGUGACUCCAGAGAGGCGAGAAAGGUUAAGGCAGUCGGGGGAGAGGUUGAGGCAGUCAGGGGAGAGGCUGAAACAGUCAGGGGAGAGAUUUAAGAAGUCUAUUUCUAAUGCUGCUCCCUCAAAGGAAGCUUUUAAGAUGCGUAGCCUGAGGAAAGCAAAGGACCCCACAGUGACCCAAGGUCUGGAUGGGGACAGGGAGAUGGGCGUGGAUAUCAUUGCAGGGAGCCCAUCUCUGGGCCCUGUCCAUGAGCUGCACACUGAUGAGCCCAGUGACACAGAACAGGAGGCCACCAGGGUGGGGUAUGCUCCCCGAGAAGGAGGGGACGUCCCAACCCCAGAGCCUUUAAAGGUUACUUUUAAACCUCAAGUGAGAGUGGAAGAUGAUGAGUCUCUUUUGUUAGAUUUAAAGCAGUCUUCAUAAAGAGGAAUUCAGAGUCAGUCUACAUCUCCUUAAUCAUGCUUUUUUAGUUUGAAUAGUCAUUUAUUUUUAUGCUGUGUAAGAAAAAAAAAUGAUAGGGCUAUUUCAUUUCUUAUGUUUAAAAUCUUGAAGAUCAUAUAAAUGUUGCAUACUUUUGUUUGUAACUUCCUUGGGAAUUCUGUUUCCCCUGAGCCUGUAUGAUUCCAGCAGCUUUUUCUCUUACAUCAUUCUUUCUUGUGGCAGCUGUGGCUUUUUAAGUUUAACCUUUCUCUUGGACAUCAGGAAAGUGGUUGCCUAACUCAGGCCAGGUAGAUGUUUGGGCAUCCAAAAUAAAUGAAGGACAAAUUUGUGCCCAUCAUUUCCUAGUGAAUUCUAAAUUUUGGUUUAGAUUAAUGUUGUAGCCAAUCUCAAAGGGGAGACUAUAACUAAUCCAGAUGUUUCAAUCAACAGGUUAUUUUGUAAGUAAAGAGUCACACCCCUUUUUGAAGCUUUUGCGUUAAAAAAAAUUGAAGUUCUGAACUGGAACAUUUGGUUUUAGUGUCAUAGCUUUAUUAAUGGUGAGACACCUGGUGAGUCAUCUGCUGAAUCUCAUUGAUAGACAUGGAAAGGGUUUGUCUGUCCUACUCAGAGGGCUGUUGUGAGAUCGGGAAAUGUUACACAUUCUAGGGGAACAAGAAACACAUCCAGAGAAACAGAAACCACACUCUUCCCUCAAAACCAGAAUCAAAUACUUAGACCUUCUGAAGAAGCCCUGAGCACCAGGCACUGCAGGCCUCGGUUGGACAGAAAGUAAAGUUGGUCUUCAGGAGUCUUCACAGAAUCAAGAGUGAAAAAUAAAUGACCAUUUUUUUUUUUUCACCAAAGACUAAAACCAAACUUUGGGUUUUAGGUGGGUCUUAUAAUGUUCCCCGGAAAAUCCUUUUCUAUUUUUUUUUUGGAUUUAGAUCUGUGGUGGACUAUAGCAGCACCCCCACCACCCCUGUUCUGGGGAUCCAACCCAGAACACUCACGUACGCCAGGCAAGUGCUCUACCAUGGAACCACAUCCCCAGCUCAUACAGCAACUUUGGUUUGAAGAGCAUGAGAUGUAAGAAUGUGGCUCUGUUGUCAAGUGGCCUUUCUAAAGUCAGCUGUGAUGCAGUGGAUUUGGAAAUGACCUCCAAGGUUUCUGUUUCCCAGAGUGAGCCCUUCAGGGCCUAGCUGUCUAAAACAUGUUUACAGGCAUUCAUCAUAGCUGCUUUGGGGAAACCAGAUUCCACUUAACUGUUAGCUUUAGAUCUGUGUAGUCAGGAAGUUAGCUGUUUUUUGCUAAAGAAAGAAAGAAAGGGUCAUCUGGUUCUGUACUUACAGCAUUUUAAAACUUCUGCUUUUUUUUUUUGUUAUGAAAGAAAUGAUGAAAUUGUUAGAAUUUGAAGAGUUUGACAGUAAUUGGCUAUACUAAUUUCCCUCACUCAGAUCAGUUUUGGAUAAUCAUGUAGAGUUAAAAAUAAUAAACAUAGACAUGUACACACAGGCACACACAAAUCAGCUUUAAAAUAUUUGACUUAGUUACCCAGAUGUUUGAGUUUGGGAGUUUGAUUUAGCGUGAUUUCUCUUCAUUCUGCCUGAAUACAUAAAAUCAUAAAUUGUUCAUCUCAUUAUCUUUUUAUAUUGAAAACUAAAGUGUAUACAACAUUGAAUAAAACUUUGAAAGAAUAAAUCUGAAAACAUUUUUAUUACAGCUUAAAAGGAGCUUGGAUGCCUUAAUCAUACAUUUUCUUAAGAGCCAUAAUAAAUUUGAAUUUAAAAAGACAUACUGCAAAGUUUGUUGUCAGUGUCCUAGUUAUAAAUAUUUUUACUAAUCAAACAACAACAUGCAAACAAAGUCUGAUGUAGUAACCUUUUUGUAGCAUGUACAUUUCUAAGGAAGAAUGUAAAGAAAUUAAUGUAAAGAAGUGGCAAGUUUUUUUCUAUCACUAGGUAGAAUAUUUAUCAGUUGGGUUAAAACAAUUUUUUUUUUUUUUUGGUAAAUGUUACUGUCAGGGAAUUUUGCUUACUGACCAUUAUAUAAGCAGACUUGACAUUUUAUGGAACAUUUCUCAUAUAGGUGCAUUUGAAUUUUGAUGAGGAAGUAGUUAUAAACCGGUCAGCUCUUCUUCAUGUUAGAUUUAGUGCAACCCUGGAAACCACUAAAACAAUUUCAUGUCGCUGACGGUUCAUAGUAAUCCUGUACUGCUUUCUUGCUGCUCAGGUUUUCCAUGUUUCUUCUGUCUCUUGACACUUCUUCUUAUAUUUAGGGCAUUCCUAAAUUCCACAUUGAUAAUUUCUUCUACUCUCACCCUGUUUUCUUGGUAUAAAGAUGAUAAUUUGCAAAAUCAUGCAUCUUAUUUAAUGUAAGGGAUAUUCCAGGAAAUAUCUUGUUUUAAAAGCUUAAAACAACACAGAACAGAUUACUGAUGUACUUAUCUCUUUUAGAAAUUAUAUAUACCAGACUUUAAACAGUUUAUUUGGAUGAAAUCAUUAGCAACAUUUGUCCCCUUUCUUGGUACGGGUACGAGGCAGAGCAGUACAACACUCACACAGGAACAUGGAGCCCACUCUGGUGCAUCUCCAUGGAGUGGACAGAGGAGGGAAGGGAAGUGCAAGUCUGUCUCCUGUAUGUGAUAAUCCAGGUGUUUUCCUUGUCAAUGGAUAGUGGCCCAGUUCUGCAUUAUAGGUUAGAGAAAUAGGGCAGAAGUGAAAUAAAGUACAUGAAAGUUGAGCAUUCUGAGAGUGUAUUAUGUGGGGAUUCCUGUGAGCUCCCCAAAAAUGGAAAAUAAAACCAGAAUGAAAGUGCAAACCAUUCUAACUUCAUUCUUUGCCUUCCAUGCACAUUAAAGGUUUUGGUUUAGAACAAGGCCCAAAGUUCAUUGUAAUUCUUAUCAACUAAAAAACAUGGAUUGUGUUAUGUAAAAUAUUUCUCAGGGCCAUUGUUAACUGUGCAAUUCCAUUAGAUAAAAUCAUGGGUCUGUUUUUUUUUUUUUUUUUUUUUUCUGCUGCUGAGACAUGUUUUCUAUAGCUGCUUUUAUUGAACCCUGCAAAGAAAAUUCCAAUUGGAUAGAUUCCAAUCCCCAAGUAAGGGGAAUGAAACUGUUAGGUUUUUAUCUUAGAUCUGUUUGAAUUUGAGGUGUGAUAGUAUCUGGUCUGUAGUGAAUGAAUAAUGAAAAAGCUUCAUGUAAAAUUUCGGGUCAUUCUAUGGAUCAUCUCUGAGUUAUGUCAUGGCUGAGGGGAUUUAUAGCAUUCCUUUCCAAGUCAGAAUCUAUCAGUGUGCUUCUUGAGUGGUGGAUAGGAGGUCUAGGAUAACAGCUGCUCCACUGUGAGUCUAUUAGGACUGAUUAUAGAAUAGAGUAGCAGAAUAUCUUUUGGCUUUGUAUUUACUUUGUAUGUUUUCCUAAAAUCAGCUGUGCUCAUCACCCACUCCUACCCCUCUGUUCAUUACUGUGCUACUUGAUACUUAGGCUGUAUGUCUUGCCUGGAGGGUCACUUUUCCGUUUGAUUCUGGGAUAUGACUUUCAAGUUCAGCAGUAAUGUCAGUGUCCUUGUUUUAGCUUUGUGAUCAUCCCCUAGGGAAGGCAUGUUUAAUUACUCCAUGUAUUGAGUAUAUUUAGCAAUACUGUGUGUCAGAUUCUGUGUGAGGAACUAAGGAUUCAGAGACAAUAGGAAUCUCAUCAUCUCCUUCCCAAUCCUUAGUUUUGGAACUUGCAGUGUUCUGGCAGACAGUCCAGCAAUAAUUGAGCAAUGUGACUAGUGCUAUGUAUAAGAUGGUGGAACUGUAGAGAUGGGGGGUAUUUAUAGAGCAUUUUGAUCAUCUGCCCUAGCACGUGCAGUGCACUGUGGUUUAUUUGUGUAACUGUCUUCUAAACUAGACUGCUUCUCAAGGAUAGGAACUGUGUCUGCUCAUCUUUGGGUCACCAGCACUUGGAGAGCCUCCUGUGUGUCGGUGUCCUGUAUCCUAAAUCUACAGAUGAGAGAUGUGGUCGCUGUGCAUAAGGAAGUUUUCUCCUGGUGGAGGAGACGGAUGUGUCAUGCUCAGAUUCAAGAUAGGAUGAUGGGGAGCUGAGGGAACACCUCACAGUCUGGGGAAAGGCUGUCAGGAACAACUAGAGAAAGUACUGUUUAAGAUGAGACACUUCGAAGAAUCUGAAGCCAAGUAACAUGGAAUUCUAGACAGGAUGCAGCUACCGAGGUUGUAUGGUGUUUGGAGUUUUAUAUCAAGGGCCAUAGAGAGCCAUGGAGAGAUUUUUAAGUCAAGGAGUGAUAUGGAGGAUAUUUCAGAAAGGAGACCCUUAACACACCAGGGGCAGAGACCAUUUUUCUAGUUGGGAGAGCAGUACUGGAACUGAGAUUGUGGAGGGGGUAAACUUGGGCCUGGGUUAUGAUGGGAAGCAAGGGAUUGCUGGCUUUUGACUUGGACACAUAGCUGUGCCAAUCAGUGACACAGGAAAGGCCAGGUUCUGUGACUUUAGGCAUGUUCCUGAUGCUCCUCUGCUCUGAGCCUUGGUUACUUGUUCCUCAGUAUAGCUGAGCCUGUGCUCAGAUCUCCUAUGCUAGUGCUCCCUGCAGCCAUGGUGGCUCUCCCUACCCUGGCAGCAGCCCUGCAUCCAAGAGCUCCCUUCCUGGUUGUAAUAAGCACCUCGCCCUCCCCCUCCAUCUCCUGGACGUCCAAGUCCUUGAGAAGCAGAACCGUCCUUUGUAGGCCAUUAAGAGCUUCUCCCCCAUCUCUUUCUUUACCCAAGGCCAGAGUUCUGCUUGCUCAUUGUGUGUUCCAGAAAGAAAACUACUGCUGUUUUUUAGAAUGGAUUGUGUUUUUUUCCUCUAACCAUUUAUGAGCACCUGAGAACUCCAACCCAAGCUGUUCUUUAUUUCAGCUGUCACCACAAUACGAGCUUCUGUAACCUGCUACAUCAGUGAAGGCCAGUUGCCCAGAUACAGGUUGCUGCUCAAAUCAGCUGCCAUGCUUUGCAGCAAGAGCCUCCAGCUCCUCAUGGGUUCUUUGUUUUCAUAUGUGAUCCCUCCGAGUGUCUGUCACAUUGGUUCUGAGUCACAACAUCAAAAAUGUUUUAGGCAUUCAGGAUGGGUUUGGAGCAACCAUUCUUCUGCCCCUCCAACAUUUUGACUGAUGGAGGCUUCAUACAGGAUUGGGCAAAUGUCCAAUAAAUCCCCCAAAUAUAGGGCAUCAGGCAAAUUCUCUAUAGAGCCAAGACUGGAUAAAUCCUCUCUUGUCCCUGGGACCCACAUGCCCUGGUGUGGCAGCAGGGAAGAGCAUGGUUCCACGCAGAAGGCACAGUUCCUUUCAUCAGUGGCAGGGAUGCCCACAGGCCUGCCUCAUAUUCAGCCAGGGAGGGCAGUGGCAUUGGGGGCCUCCCCUCUUAGGUGACUCCCAAUUUAAUUGGGCACAUAGCAAGAGAUAGGAGGUGGAGGGGUCAGAACCCUGGGCCAGAAAUAUCCAUACCACUAGGAUAUAAGAUCCAAUUUGAAGGCUGCCUAUUUUGUGCUUUUGAGGCCUUGUGCAGAGUUAAAUGUAGCCCAGUGAACUUGGCUGUUACUUCCGAGACCUGUUUAGACACAGAGGUGAGGUGCCAAUUUUCCGCGAGGACCAAUGGAAGUGGGAAGGCAAGUUGGUCAUUACAGAUGACAAUCCAGGAGAGAGGGCAGGAUAUGCAACUUGUUAAAAUAUAAAUAUGUGACGUGGGUUUUCAAGAGAAAUUAUGGCAGUUAGAAGGAAGGAGUAAAGAUUUUACAGCUGUCUAACUUGCAAAUUAAGCUUUUCUUUUGAAUAGUUUUUAUUGUCUUUUCAAGAAGAUUUUCAAGAAUGAGCACCAUAGUCUAUAGGUUUUGGCUCAGUUUCUUGCUGUGAGUCCAUUAAGGUAUUAUUUCAGUCCUGGCUGAAAUUUGCCCACAGCAUAAUGUGAAGCAGCCAAGUUAUCCCAAUAAUCUCUCAUAGGCCAGUAUUUAUAAAUUAUCAGGGUCUCUUUAGAUCUAUUAUCUGAACAAGAUUCAAAUUCCCAAACCCUGGUUAUGGUUUUUUUUUUUUUAAGGGUAAAGUAAAAAUCUAUUGAAAUGAAUGUGUCACUUGAUUGUGUUAGCACCUUUCAAGUGGCCAAUUUAUUUAGAACAUUCCCAUAAGGAGAAGAAAUAAAUUAAGUGAAUUAUGCAUGGAAUGUGCUUGGUUCUAGUUCAAAGCAGUAGAGAAGAUUUCAGAAGGAAGCACUGAUAUGCUUGUCAACUGUCAAAAUAUAGGGCUAAAUUUUCUUUUAACAGGAGAGAAAUAUCCAAAUAAAUCAUAGAUUGUAAAUUCAUGAGGGAAAUAUACCAAAAUAUUCUUGCUUGAAAUUCAUGCAUCAUUUUUCACAGAGAAAUCACAGAAAUCUGUGUUAGAUAAUACAUUCACCUAAGAUUUACUAGUUAUUCUCCCAUAUUAAGAGAAGUUGUCUUCCAGUAAUAAUCUGCUUAAGCAUCUCUCCCCAUCCCUUUUCCUUUUCCUUCUAGGAUGAUGGCACCUGUGAGGUUAGAGUCGCUGGAGAGAGGCUACAAUUGGUUAGGGUCCAAAAGAGCCUGUGGUUCACUCCUGUGGUUUGAUGAAAACUAAGCCGUGUGCAUUUAGUGGAUUUUUUUUCCUGAAAUUUUCUCAAAAUUUUAUGCAGAAAAUAUGGCUAUCACAUUUUUUUUUUCUUAGCAGUGGCAUGAGGUGUAGGAAUGGGAGAAUGGAAUGGAUAUCAUGAAACUUAAUCAUAAGUCUUCUUAUAGGAAAAAAAAAACACCUCUCAUAGUGAAUUAAGGAUCAAAGCCAGGAAUAUUUUAAAUAGCGCACACUGAGGAAUCUGGAGAAGAGUAAUGGAGUGGUCUUUUGUCACUGGGGACUAUCAAAAGAAAAUGAGUUUCAAAUGCAGGAGAAGGGAUUCAAAGGUUCCUACUCUACAGAAACAUCUUUCCAGGGAGGUUUUAAGAAUUGCACAAUCUUCUUUUUGGAGGCAGGUAGUAAAUGAAGUGUCUAGGGAUAAAUGCAUGCAUCAUAUCUUUUGUUCCAUUGUUUUUCAUGAAUGAUGUGCAGCUAUGACUCAUACAUAGCUCUUUAUGUAAAGCAUUUGAUACUAUUGUGUGUUCUUUCUCUGCGAUACUUUGAGUUAUGUGGAAGGGACUUAAAAGCUGCAUUUCUCAUCAGCAAGAUGGUAUCUCUUGUACCUCUCACAGUUCAGUGUCUUUUAAUAUUAGAAGUUAAUUUAAUAUUAAAUAUAAGUAUUUACUGAAUAAAGACAAAUGUC